AUGGGUCUUAAUUUAGUCUCAGCAAUAUCCAGUAUCUAUUCUGGCAUCCUGUCGGAUUUCAAAUACUGCAAAAAGUUCGUUGUUGACUUGCUUAGGGAAGUUGCUCACUUGGCUAAGGACUCGAAGCAGGCAGGUCAAAUUUUGAAGCUCGCCUGUUGCAUUUUCGUGGGACUAGUUGUAGUAAGAGUUCUGACCUACCUCAGUAACAGUAUUGCACUCUCUGCCUUUUCGGAUUUAAUCUUGUUUGAUGUCUUGUUUCUCCUUGUGGCGCUGGUGAGCAUAUGGGUGAGGCAACAAACGACUGAUGUGAAGACAUAUUGUUUUGGAUAUGAUCGAUUCGAAGUGAUUGCUGUUUUUGCCUCAACUAUUUUAUCAAUUCUUUCAUCAUUUUAUCUCUUGAAGGAAGCCAUCGAACGUCUUUUUGAGCCUGUCGUGAUAAAUGUGUAUUUCAUACAAAUUGCUACGAAAACUGUAAUUGUGGAAAAGAUGAGUGAAAAUGUUUUAUCGUCAAUUGAGUUUUGUAUAAAAAGUCUUCGAAAAAUGUCUUCCAAAGGAAAUAUCAUCCCAGUAAUUUACACCUAUUUACCUAAGUGUUUAAAACGUUCGAUGACAUGCUGA